CAGAUUCCCUGAUGGCAGUAAGGAGUAACUGGGAGGAGAGAAAGUGUCUGCGCUCGGCAGAACUGCAGGAGCUGCUGCCAGUGACACUGAGCCUCCAGUGAAGACACGCCGAUCAGAUGCGCGCGUCUGAAGCUCUCAGAGGACGAUGAGGAGGAGGAAGAUCAGGUGACAGCUCCUCGUGAUGAGCACCAUUUAAGAGCACUACAUAGACAGCAUGAUGAUCUGAUCGUCAUCUACUUCUGACCGAUCUGAGAUCUGGACCAUGACGGUCACAAACGCUGCUGUCCAUCAUUAGUUUCUCAGACGGCAGCUGAUUGGGCAAUGAAUGCAGUGAAGAGCAGUCAACAGACUCCAGAUCAUGAGUCCAUCAUGAGGAAGCCUGACCUUCAUCCCUCCUCAAACACAGAGCACAAAAACGUCCUGCAGCUGAGACUCCAGCAGAGGAGGACGCGAGAGCAGCUCGCUGACCAGGGCAUCAUGCCUCCCUUAAAGAGUCCGGCUGCUUUCCACGAACAGAGGAAAAGUCUUGAGAGAUCCAAGACUGGAGAUUAUUUAAAACACAAAAUCAGAAGCCGGCCAGAGAAAUCAGAGCUUGUCAACAUGCGUAUUCUACAAGAACCCGCCGCUGAAGGUCCCGCACACGACUCACAGACCAAACUAAAGCGAGCCAGACUGGCCGACAACCUGAACGAGAGAAUCGCUCUCAGACCUGGCCCGCUGGAGCUGGUGGAGAAGAACAUCAUUCCUGUCGAUUCCACUGUUAAAGAAGCAGCUAUGAAAGUGAACCAUGGGAAGUUCCCGCAGCAGGAGGACUCGUACGCGUUCGAGGAGGACAGCGGCAGCGAGAGCCUGUCUCCAGAUCAGCCGCACAGUGAAGAGUCUCAGUGUUCGGCUGAAGCGCUUACAGAGAACAAGAGCAGCUCUAGCUCACCCACACUCGCCAACACCGAGCAUGGGUCUCAGAGCAAAGACGGCAGCACUCAAAACCAGCAGGAGAACAUGACGAACAGCCAGGAAGCUCCCCCUAUUCCUGUUCCUGCGAUAGUCAAGUCCAAGAUGUCUGAGAAGAACCGCCACAAGAAACCCAAAGACGUCAAGCCUAAAGUCAAGAAGCUGAAGUACCACCAGUACAUCCCGCCGGACCAGAAGGCAGAGAAGUCUCCUCCGCCGCAGAUGGACUCGGCGUACGCGCGUCUCCUGCAGCAGCAGCAGCUCUUCCUCCAGCUGCAGAUCCUCAGCCAGCAGAAACACCAGCACAACUCACAUCCACAUCAGCAGCAGAGCUUCAGCUACCAGACCCUCAACCAGAGCACGCUCAACAAGGCGUCCGGGGAGCAGCAGUCAUCCUGCGUGUCCAGCAUCCAGAGCAGCAGCAGCUCCUCGUCUCCAGUGAAGAGCAGCUGCUGCAACCCGUCCAUCAGCCCCGUCAGACCCGGCCCGCUGCCCGCCAACCUGGACGACCUGAAGGUGUCUGAACUCAGGCAGCAGCUGCGCAUCCGAGGCCUGCCUGUGUCCGGCACCAAGACGGCGCUCAUAGAGCGGCUGCGGCCCUUCAGAGACCCCAGCUGCACCUCUCCAGCCGCAUCCGCAGACGUCAGCGCAGCCGCGUUCCCCGUGACGCCCACCGGAUCGCUCUCGUCCUACCAGUCUCACGCCGCCGGCUUCUACCCGUUCUGCAGCAGCGGCUCCACUCCUCCCAUCUCUCCCGCCUCGUCCGAUCUCUCCGUCAGCGGCUCGCUGCCCGACAGCUUCAGCGACGUCACCAUGUCCUCGCCGCAAUUCGCCCUGCAGCCGUCGCCGGCCCAGCUGAGCGCAGACGAGGCCCAGAGCGCUCUGGGACCGGACGCCGAGAAGGACAAGAUGCUGGUGGAGAAGCAGAAGGUGAUCGAGGAGCUGACGUGGAAGCUGCACCAGGAGCAGAGGCAGGUGGAGGAGCUGCGCAUGCAGCUGCACAAGAGGAAGCGCAUGCAGGACUGUCCCGCUCCGCCGCAGCACAUGAUGCAUCUCCAGCCUCCCGCGCAGAUGCAGCAGUUCUACGGCGUGUCCGUCAAGCAGGAGCAGGUGGCGUCCAGCUGUCCUCUGGCUGCCAAGCAGAUGAAAGGCGGCUGCAUGGCUCGCUGCGAUCUGCACGCUGCGCCGCACUGCAUGGAGCCGCAGUCGUCUGCAAGCCCCGCCGGCCUCUCGGCCUUCCUGAGCCCUCAGUGUUCUCCUGAAGAGUCGCCCGUCACCAAACCCUCCAGCAGCCCCUCGUCCCCCGGCCAGCCAUACCUGCUGAGAGACUCGCACGCGCUGCCUCAGAGCGCUAGCAGAGCCGCACGCAACGUACAGUUACAGCAGAAGAGCGCGGGACAGACGGCGAGCUGCUCGUAUCCGUCAGAUCAGAGAAACCUGCAGCCGCUUUACCAUCAGAAUCCACCAGACAACAGCAUCGGCGCCAGAGGAUCCACCAAAGCCAAGAGCAGCGGCGUGCAGCAGAAAGAGGCUCUGUCUCUCUCUCCGCGGCACGUUGAGCCCAAGUCUCCCACAUCCAGCGCUGCCUUCUGUAGCUCAGAUCCCCCUGCCUCGGGCAGUAAAGGGCCGCCGUGUUAUGAGGAUGCAGUGAAACAGCAGAUGUCGCGCAGCCAGCAGAUGGACGAGCUUCUAGACGUCCUCAUCGAGAGCGGAGAAAUGCCAGCUAACGCCAAAGAAGAGAGGUCUCCUGUAACCAAAGUUGUGCCUCACCUUACAGUUUCGCCCAAGUUCCACCGACACUACAGUCACAUGUCGCCCUCCAUGCUCGCGUACGAUCACGCGGCGGGUCACGGAGACGCUCAUCUGGAGGCGCUGCUGAGCCCCAUGAGCCGGACGCAAGGAGACGCGGCGCUCCUGAAGGACGGACACUUGGAGGAGGCGGGCGACGGAUUCAGCAGCCGCGACAUGAUGGACACGCCCGUAUCGCCCACGGCCGGAAAGAUCUCCGCGGUCGCCGCCGCCGAGGGUCACGGCCUCGGGAUGACCUUCGCCGAGUCGCCGUGGGAGACGAUGGAGUGGCUGGAUCUGACUCUGCCCAGCUCCGCCACCUCCUUCCACAACGGCCUGCCUCCGUCCGGCCCGAGCAUCUUCAACACGGAGUUCCUGGACGUGACCGACAUCAGCCUGAACUCGGCCAUGGACCUGCACCUGGAGCACUGGUGAGGAGAAACAUCACGUCCGACACCCAGACCUCCGGAUCCAGUGUUUGAUACUGUUUUAUCACCUUCCAUCAAAACUUGAAUCGUUUUGACUGUGGAUUCUGGCAAAGAAUGUUCUGAUUACUGGAAACAGAAAGGCGCUCCAAAUGGAAUUGGAUUCAAACCGAGACGUCCGUACCAACCGUCUGUAAAUAUAUGAAAGCAACUCGAUACUUCUUUAUUUUGUCUGCACAUUUGUGGUGUGGGAAAAAAACACAUAUUAAUGCAUCGCACUAGUAUAUCACGUGUACUCUCUUGUGCUGUUGUAAAUAUGAAUUCACUCUGGCACCUUGAGCUUAAAGUAGGAUGUCACACUUUUUAUGAGCAUUUCGAUCCUUCCUGUCAGCGUCAUGUCAUUAAUUUAUUUUGAGAACGCAAGCCUUUCGUUUUUACAUGGAGGCCCGUUUCCGUCAUGGCGUAAGAAAAUAGCUCGCAAUUUUAAGAUAUAAUCUUAGAAUAUUGCAUUUUCCUCCAAAUUGUGAUUAUACAUCUUGCAUUUUUUUUCAACCACAAAACAAGUAAAAAUGGCUAAUUGUGACAUUUUAUCUCAGUUUCAAAUUCAAGUCUUUUCAUCUCCUAAUUCCAAGUUUAUCUCACAAUUUCGACUAUCUCGUAACUUCAGGUUUAUAUCUCACAACUCCAACUUUAUCACUCAUAAUUCCAUUAUAUUAAUCAAUUCUGCAUCUCUCAAUUCCAAGUCUAUAUCUUGCAAUUCCGACCUUUUAUCUCAUUUCACAAUUCAGAUGUUCUAUCUCACAAUUCUUGCAUGGAAAAGCAAAAACUACGAGAUAAUAUUUUGCAAUUACCUUUAUUUUUAUGCGCCUGUAGAAACCGGCUUCCAUGAUUUUAAUGCUCACACCUCACGUGAAAGUGAAAAUCGCUAAACCUCUGGGGAACAUCUACGGACGAAAGCAGACGAAGUACUUUAAAAGUUUCAUAAUUUGCUCAUUUCUUUCCCCGAAGUCUGUUUUGCGUUCUAGAUUAUCAUUACUGCCACUUUUGUUAUUUUGAACAUUCAUUAGCUCUUUUUAUUAUUUUUGGAUCUUACUCUCCUCACGUAUUUAUUUCAACCUUUUCUUUUCAUUGGCAUAUUUAUAUAUAUAUUUAUAAGACAUUCCUUUUCAUUAAAAACAGAGUAAACAUGCAGUUAAAAGAGUGAUACAAACGAUGAGGACGCAAGUGUUAAAACAAAUCAUGUGGUGACAUUUUCUGACACACAAACGGUAGGUUUUUAAUAAUGUCUGAUUUUUAUUUGUUGACUCACCAUCCCUGUUUCUCACCGAGUCCAAUAAAUCACGUUGUACGAAUCUUAAACGCCAAUCAGAAGGUUCUGAACCGAAAGCAAUACAUCACUGACAGUGAUGGCCAUUUAUACCAGCACUUGAGAAGAAUAAACUCUAAUAUAUAAAUGAUGUAAGUUCAACUGUGAAACUGUACUGUGGCAAAUUUGGGACCUGACUUUUUGUAGAACUUUUAGAGUUUUGAUACUGGUCGCUGAUUUUAGCGGAGCAAUUUUUUAGAAAUAAUAAUUCGCAUCAAAAGCUUAAACUGUGAAUAGAUUUUUUUUUUUGUUUUUAAUUUCACGAAAUAUGUUUUUUAAUCAUGUUUCGUGCCACUGAAUGCUUUUACAGCUCUCUUUAUCGUGCCUUUUCUACAGCCGCGAGGCCUUACAGUACAAACGAACGCGUAAUUCAGACAACCCGAUUUCGUACGAAUACGGUUUUGUAAAAAAUUAAACCCUGGGUUUCAUCAUCAAGGGCAUUAAAGACCAAAGCGAGCUCUGUAUUAAACACAGUAGAGCACUAGAGACUCUAUUUUUUUCCACAUGAAGUGCUUUCAAGCAGUAUUUUAAUACGACGAGCUAAGAAAUUAGGUCUAUAACCGAGAUGAACUGUGUGUAAAGUUUUAUGUUGUGUAAAGAAUGUCACAUAAUCCUGUAGAUUUUAUUUUUCUAUGUUUUAUAGCAGCCAACGACUGGAGGAGCCCAGCAGUGACCUUGUAUUUUUUUUUUUUUGUUCGUUUCUUCUCCGUUGUAAGCUGUGGUUCCUCCGACGGCAGAAAGCGUCUGCGCUGCACAAACGUUCACCAUUACUCUUCGCCUCUGCGGAAAACAGGGGUUUUUGUCUUAUUUCGUACUCUUUUGGUUUUCCGGAGGGAAAUAUAUAUAUAUAUAUAUAUACGAUUUACAGAAAGCUUUUGUAUUGCUUGGCCACUGAACGAUGUUCCCAUAUAAACUGUCCCAGUGUUUGUCUCCACCGCUGUAUUACUGUACCAGAGUUCAAUAAACAAGCAUAAAACGUC